CAGACAGACAGGCAGGACAGGAACUGAGAUCUGUGAGCAGAGCUGUGUAAAUCUGUUGUUGUGUUCAUGUGAUUUGUGGGCGUUUCAUGAGAAGAGAUAAAGCAGAGACGCUGCUCAUUUCAACUUGUGUUCAAGGUUGGACCCUGAAGAAGAAUCUGAAGUUUGCCUUGGACUGUCGUUUUUGGAUUGAGUCUGUUCAGAUGGAUCUUCUGAACCUCAUGAGGGAAAUCACUGCUUUUGUCUUAUUAAUCCAGUGGACAACGUCUGACAGCAGUUCUCACAGUAUAGUUUCUGUAUGUCGCAAAGAAGCAGAUUAUAACCCUAUAGAAUUGUAUACGUCUCAUGAGUCUAUCCCUUCACCCUUACAUGCUGUGUCUGCGGACCUGAGUGAAUCUCAAUCCUCACUCAAUAUAAGAUGGGCCAUUAAUGUGGAUAGUACCAUUCACACUCUUAAAAGCACAUGGAUACACGUUACUUCAGAGUUAACUUAUAGAUGUGAAUACCAGCCUCCAUUUACCUCAAAGCAAAUCAAUCUCGAUGCUCUACAACAGCUGUGGUUCAAUUUCACUGUGUCAAAUUUACCCAUUUGUCCUUCAAACAUAUAUACCAUCUGGGCCUAUAACCUACCACCACCACCUGCAGUGGAGGACAAUUAUAUCAAGUCUUUCGAAACAGCUGAAGUCCAAUGGAACGCUCAGAUUUAUUCAGUCCUUCAUGGUGAUAAAAUAGUGGUGAACUUCAAUGCGAGCUCUGCGGCGGACAGAUACACCAUCGAACUGACAAAAAAAGGAGAUGAAGUUGAAGAUUUACUAAAAACUGUUGAGAAAAAAGGGGGAUGCAAAGAAUGUCAAGUGGAACUGGAAUACACGGGUCCCUGUGAAGACCUUAAAAUAUGGAUAUUACCUCACUUUGAAGCCUGUUCGCAUGAUAGUUAUGCUCAGCAUGAAGUGAAAUGUACGGACAGGCCUGAUUUGGCCAUUGGUGCUGGAUGCAUGCUGGUGCUUCUUUUCCUUUCGAUACUUCUCUGCUGCUGCAUCCUGUGUCAAAUCCUCUGGUGGGUUCAUGGCUCGAAGCGUGGCUCAUCCGUGCGGGUGUUGGUGGUGUAUCCUGCAGUAGACGGUGUGUUUCAGCGCGCUGUGAUGCUCCUGACUCAAUUCCUGAGGAGUCGUGGUGGUGUAACUGUAGUCAUCGACGUGUGGGAGAGAGGAAGUCUAGCUGAACAAGGGCCGCUCCGCUGGCUCCACACACAGGCCGACCUCGCUGACCGAGUCCUGAUCAUCUUACCGCCUCAACGCACACAGACUGACGACCUUAAAUCAAACCUAGUUCCUGGCAUGACCGACGACACCGUUUCAGCGUCUGCCAGCACUCUCUUCACCCUGACCCUCAACCUAGUGUCCAGCGCUGCCCAUGACCCGCACGGUCGGGACAAGUUCUGGGUCAUCAACCUGGACCACGACAACAAGAGCGUGCAAACUGAGCUGAGAGGCUGCAGGACCUUUGUUCUGCCCCGACACUUGGAACGGCUUCAUCAACAGCUGUCGGGUGGAGAGAUCAAGAGCCUGGCGCUGCUGACCUGCUUCAGGUCCUUCUACUUCAAAAACGCCUUGGAGCACAUGGAAAUCAAUACAGACUUCCCAACCUGUGCUGAAGCCAACAGCCUGGACAAAAAACCUCAAUUCUUGCUAUAAUAUGUGCCUUUCUGUUUAUUUUUCAUUAUGUUUGUCCUGAAAA